ACUGGUCUUCAUGUUCUGUAGAUGUAGAUACCACUGGUUCUUCAUGUCAUGCAGAUGUAGAUGCCACUGGUUAUUCACGUUCUACAGAUGUAGAUGCCACUGGUUCUUCAUGUUCUGUAGAUGCCACUGGUUCUUCAUGUUCUGUAGAUGUAGAUGCCACUGGUUCUUCAUGUUCUGCAGAUGUAGAUGCCACUGGUUCUUCACGUUCUAAAGAUGUAGAUGCCACUGGUUCUUCAUGUUCUGUAGAUGUAUUUACCACUGGUUCUUCACGUUCUGCAGCUGUAGAUCCCACUGCUUCUUCACGUUCUGCAGAUGUAGAUCCUACUGCUUCUUCGUGUUCUGCAGAUGUAGAUGCCACUGGUUCUUCACGUUCUGCAUCACGGUCAGUGACGAGGGCAUGUCCGAGGCUCCGUCGUCCGAGGAGGGGCAGUCGCCCGUCGGGCGAGACGCUGGAGGGGACCCCGGCCGUGAGACGCUGUCCCUUGGAGGAAAUGCUCAGCGCGAGGAUGUUCAUGCCGCCGCCGAUGAGAUGGCAGCCUCUUUGCUGGUGGAGCCACGUGACGGGAAAGCGGGUCAAGAAAAGCCGAGGAAUGAGGCGUGGCCACGGGUGAAAGUUAAGAGUGAAGACACUGAUGAUAGUCAAGAAGAAUCCGACAUUCGUUUGAAAGAAGAAGACUCCGAAGGAGAGGACCUUAGCAGUGAGGAUGAGGAUCUUCAAUCCGAUGAGCGAGACCUUCAUUCCAACGAGGGGGAUGAUGACGACCACGAUGAGGAGGAAGCCUUCGAGGCCACCGGUUCCAAAGGGAGGCUUCGGAGAGGGCCACGGAGCUCACGGAGAGACGGGGUGAUUUCGUCGGACGUGGCCGAGAUUGAGGUGGUCCUGGAGGACAGCCGGAGUCGGAAGUGUUCGACGAUCGACCAGAAGGCCCAUGAUGAGAAGAAGUCCCACCGGUGCACCCUGUGUGGCAAGGGAUUCUCCUGCCUGUCGCGCCUCAAGAGCCACACGAUGACGCACACCGGAGAGCGGCCCCUCGAGUGCUCCGUGUGUGGGAAGGGUUUCCGAAAGUCGUCGGCCCUCAAGAGCCACGCAAUGAUCCACACGGGGGAGAAGCCGUAUCGAUGCUCGCUGUGCGAAAAGGGAUUCAUCCAGUCGUUUGCCCUUAAGAGGCACAUGAUGAAGCACACGGACGAGAAGCCGUACAUGUGCUCGGUGUGCGGGAAGACCUUCACGGACUCGUCGACCCUCAAGAGCCAUCUUCUGAUCCACACGGGCGAGAAGCCACACGAGUGUGCGACGUGCGGGAAGACAUUCGCGCACCUCUCCAACCUCAGGAGCCACACUAAGAUCCACACGGGUGAGAAGCCCCACCGGUGCCCCGCGUGUGGCAAGGGCUUCAUCGAGUCGAAGUCACUUAAGAAUCAUAUGAUGAGCCACACGGGAGAGAAGCCGCACAAGUGCUCCGUGUGCGGGAAGGACUUCAAGCAGAUAUCCACGCUCAACGUCCACAUGAAGACCCACACGGGCGAGAAGCCGCACAAGUGCGACCUGUGCGCGAAGACCUUCACACAUUUUUCGACCCUCAAGAGUCACCUGAUGACCCACUCGGACAGGAAGUCACACAGGUGCGCCCUGUGUGAGAAGGAGUUCGUACACCUUUCGGCGCUGAAGAUCCACAUGAUGACCCACACGGGCGAGAAGCCGCACCAGUGCCCGAUCUGCGAGAAGGGCUUCGUGAGCCCGUCGGCCCGCGACAAGCACACGAAGACGCACAACGUGCAGAAGCCGUACAAGUGCUUCGUGUGCGGGAGGAACUUUGCGGACCUUUCGAACCUCAACUUUCACAUCAAGUGUCUUAAUCACUACGAGUCUUGAAGCCGAGCGCGUGCCGUUUAACGUUCAGAG